AUGCCGAUCGAUGAUGGCGAAACAUCGGCCGUGAGUGAGACAUCGAUUCCUACUGGGCUUGUAGUAGCGGCCGGUACCUCGAUGGAUGCAACUUGGGUGAUAUCGGAGACGAUGCUUGUGACAACACUGACGAUGGACCCGGCAUCGACAGUGCUAGAUGACACCAACUCACCCAAAACGGAGGUGAGAGUAGACAGCGGUAGAUCAUUGGUGAUGGAAGCCACAACAGUGGGAUCAAUGACGGCUGAAGCUGUUGACGAAACUGAUGCCAGAAUCGAAGUUGCUGGAUCGCUGACACCAACGGUUGCUGUGGCACCAACGCCAACAAGAUCAGAAGUCGUGUCCAGUCCGACAGAUGCUGUAGCACCGGCGGAUACUGGUCCAGCGGAUACCGAGAGGCACACUGCAAGUCCAUCAGUGUUGAUUGUGCAGCUACUGAGGCCAGCCGAAAUCUCAGAAACGGGUGUUGUAACCACUACAGUGAUCGGGUCGGUAACAGAGACGGUCGCACUAGCGGAAACAUCCACCAAGCUCGACGAGUCUCCUAGACCGACAGAUGCUGUGACGCCACCGGAGACUGGGUCAACAACGCUGGCUGUGAUACCCGGAAUGCUCGACAAGUCGAUCGAAGUGACGAGUGGAGUACUGUUCGGGUCGACUGAGGGGAUGCUGACGCUGACUGCCACAGUCUCACCAGCAGAGAUGGUAAUAGAAUCGGACCCGACCAAAGUCGUCAGCCCAGCCAAGCUUGUCGGAUCAAUUAUGCUGGCAGGAGAGGUCACAACUGAGCCAAUGACAGAAGCCACGUCAGAAGUGAGGGUACUCAGUACCGAGGCCACGUCAGAAGUGAGCGUGCUCAGUACCGAGCUCACAUCGGCACUGUCGUGGAAAGAGUCAGAGACGGUUCGACGGAGAUGGGCCACACCCGAGUCCACAGCUGAGAUCACUGAGCUUAGCAACGAGGUCGGAUCAGACACCGUCGCCGAGAGCGACAGCGAUGGUGUCGACAAGACGUCCGAUACGGAGACCGAGGCUGAUAGCACCCCUGACACUGAGAUUGAGACAUCAGGCAGAGAGACCGUUGGUGUCGGCAGCGUCACAUCUGAAAUGGAAGCCGACACAAAGAGUGAGGACAGUGACGAUGUUGGCAGAUCAGUCGAUGGGAGCGGGAUAGCAACAGUGGCACCAACGGUAACAGGAUCAACGGCCGCUGAGACACAAACCUCAAUCCCGUUGGCACCGACGCUGCAGAUUGUACUAGUUGCUGUCGCUGUCGGGACCGGCACGACAGUAGGAUUGACCGAAGUCAGUGACAAGACCGCCGUUGAGCCCGGGACGUCCGUCAAACUCGAGGGAGCUGAGACGAAUAUAGAAGACAGCACCGAUAUCAGUGAGCUCACGAGGCCCGUUGUCGAUGGAGCUGGGAGCGCGCUGUCGCUCGAGGUCAGUCCAAUUGAGGCUGGAACGCUGGAAAGCAGGGAUGAGAUCGCAGUUAUACUAGGACUAGCAUCCGGCAGGGAAGCCGAGACUGUGGCGCCGGCACUGACUGGAGCAAUGAGUACGUUGACGCAGACUGCGAUACCGCUUGUGUCGACUGUGCACCCAGCUGGAGCUGUUGCUCCUGGGCUGACUGAUGUCGUGUACGUCGACGUAAUAUACGAGACCGAUUCUGUAUCAGACAGAGAUGCCGUGACAGAAGCGCCGAUAUCUGGUACAGAUACCGAGCUUGCGGGACUAGCAUCGGGCAGCGAGGCCGAGACUGUGGCGCCGGCACUGACUGGAGCAACCAAAACGUUGACGCAAACUGCGAUACCGUUCGUGCCGACUGUCGACGUAAUAUACGACAUAGAUUCUGUGCCGGAUAGAGAUGCCGUGAUAGAAGCACUGAUAUCAGGGACGGAUACCGAAGUUGCCGUGACAGGAGUACUUAGAUCCGUCACUGACACUGAGAGUGUAGCUCCUGCGGAGACAGGAUCCACCGAUGCAGAAACGCAUACCACGAGCCCAUUGCCAUCCGCUGUGCAGCCAGAUGGGACCACGGACCCAGACGCAACCGAGGUCGUAUAA